AUGUCUAAAGAACCAGAACUAAAUGAGAAAUUAUCACAAUUAGAACUCUCAGAUGAUUUAUUCCCACAAUACGAAAGACCAGACCCAGAAAAAACUGGUUCAAAAGAAGCAUUAAUCAUUGAUUACUUGGAAACAUUAGAUAAUUAUACUACAAGACAAGAACAAUUAAAUAAUGAAUUAAAAGAAGGAUAUAUCCAAUUAUCUAGAGCUAAUUAUGUCAGUCAUAGCUUGAGUAAACCAUACGGUAAGGAUUAUUGGGAUGAAAGAGUGAAAGCUAUACGGAAAGUUGCCAUUGGUGAAGAAUUUAAGAUUGUUGAUGUUGAUGAUGUUUCGAAAAAGGAAAAUAAAGAUAAAGUUGGAAAUAUAAGGAAUAGAAAGCAAAAAGAGAAUGAUGAGAAGAAGGUGAAGGAAGUUAAAGUUAAGAAAUAUAAUCCUAUAAAUAUGUUUGGUGUUUUAGUUCCAUUACAGUUACGUCAAUCUCAAUCAAAUUUUAUUAAAGGAUUGGAUCAUAUAGUGGAAGUAGUUAAUUUAAGAAAUAAAUUGGAUCAAAUAUCAGAAAAGAUUGAGAAAUUGGAUAAAGAGGUGGAUAGACAAGAUAAUAAAGAAGAGAAUGAAACAAAUCCUGAUGUCAAAUAA